AUGGAUGCAACAAGAAGGCGCAAGAAGGAAUGCAUGUUUCCUCCUUUUGGUCAUACUCAGGAUUGUACAAGUCAGGCCUCUUCACCAGAAUCUUCUGAGCAUCCAACUUUAGAAAAGGCCAAGAAAAUCGAAGAGAAUUAUCAUUUGUCUAUUCCAAGGUUUCAAGAGGAAAAUAAAGUGAAGAAGAAGGAAUCUGUUUCCCAACUCAGUGGAAAAGAACAAGAAGCAAAGUUAAGAGACAGAAAGAUAAAUCUUUCAAAUAAUGAAAGAGACAUGACCUCAGCCUCCGGUGGAACGUCUAAUUUGAAUGUUACAACCAAAGAAAGCUUGAAGAGCCCAGAAAGUGAUUCUGCUUGCAGUACCAAGGAAUUGCCAACCUGCAGACGUCAACGCCGACGAGGAGACUUAAGGAAGAAAUGCACAGACGGGAUAUCUCCAAAACUUCACCUGAACCUUUUAAAUGCAGAACUGGAAGACCUGAAUAUAAAAUGCAAAAACAUAGAAAAGGACUUUGAAAAUGCCGAACAAGAACUUUUGAAGGCCAAAAAAAUGGUCUCCUCCAAACGCCUAAACUGCCAAGACACUAGGAUAGAGACUUCGAAGAAAGACUGUGAACUUCAAGCUUUACGAAAUGACCUGACUAAAAAAGCAGCCAAUGUCAAAAAUUUGACGAAGGAGCUCCAGCAAGCCAAAGAAGUCAUUCAUAAGCUGAACCUAGAGAACCGAGAUCUCAAAGAAACGGUUAAGAAGCUAAAGCGGCAAUAUGAAGUAGGAAACGCACUCCUCAAAGAUGAAAUGAAAUUGUAUUAUGAAUUAGAAAUGGAGAAGCUCCGCGGAGAGCUCAAUGCCAUCAAAAAUGAACUGAAAAUUGAGAAGUCUCUGCAAGCUACAAACAACAGGGCCCUAGAGUUGUUUCAAAAACACUUUGCCUCAGUAAGGCCAUCAACUACCCCUGGCCAAUUACCAGGGAAUGGUAUUUAA